UGGAACGAGCCAUGCUGAUGUCAGAGGUUUUCUUCCCCACGCAGCUCAACAUGGUGGGAGGAUCUCUGUGCAUUGAGUCACGCAGCUGUCAAAGAUAGCUGUCACCCACUUCCACGAUCAAACACACACUGAGUCAACGAGGAAAGGGGCUUUGAGAGCAGAAAGGACGGAGAGGUCUCAGAAACUUGAUGAAUAAGGAUUUCUUUCCCUGGGAUACACGCUGAACGGAGGAAAAGAGACAUAAGUGGGCUUUUUUUCCCUAGCAGAGAUGAAGACGAAAAAGGGUCUGGCGAUGCUGUCGGGGAGCGAGACGGACGACGAGGAUAGCGUCGAUGCCCCUCUGGACCUGUCCUCUAGUGCUGGGAGCAACGGUAAACGGAAACGGAGAGGCAACCUGCCCAAAGAGUCAGUCCAGAUCCUCAGGGAUUGGCUGUAUGAGCACCGUUACAAUGCUUACCCCUCAGAGCAGGAGAAGGCCCUUCUCUCCAAACAAACUCAGCUCUCCACGUUGCAGGUGUGUAACUGGUUCAUCAAUGCACGACGGCGGCUCCUCCCAGAGAUGCUGAGAAAAGAUGGAAAAGACCCCAACCAGUUCACCAUCUCCAGGAAAGGCAGUAAAACGAGUGAUAGUUUCUCAGACAGCUCCCAGUCCCCGAAACAUAGCAGUCCCACUGCGGUCGCCGAGGAGGCUUGCGACAAACGCAUCCUCCACCCCUCCAGCUUUGAUCCCAGCAUUCCCAGUGUCCUGAGGAAGCCCGUGUCUCCCUCAGUGUCCUCUCCGGUCUCCUCGUCUCCCUCUCUCGGCCUCAUUCCAAAUCGUCCCUCUGUCAUCUGUCACACCACUGUCACCACAGCCAUGCAGGCCAGCCCGACAGCCUCCCACCCUUCACUGCCAGGGAUGAACUGUGACAGGGCGGCCGAGCUGCUGCAGUCCAUGCCGGCUCAAGCCGCGUUCCGCUGCCGGGAUGAAGGGCCACUAACCGCCACCACCACCAUCCUUGGCACCAGCAUGGAAGGCAACCUGAGCCCCCGCAGCGGUCUGUUCAACACCCCUCCCCCAACCCCUCCAGACCUCACACAGGACUUCAGCGGCUUUCAGCUCCUGGUGGACGUGGCUCUUAAACGGGCUGCAGAGAUGGAGCUGCAGGCCAAGCAGCUGGUGUCCUAAAGGAGGGAAAGGAGACUGACUUUGAGUCUCCAAUGUGGAUUUUCUUUUCUGCACGCAAGAGAGAACAAACCUACACAAAAGGCUGAUCAUUUCUACUUUUGGUAUACCAGUCGACAUGAUGAGGAUGUAUUUGUUUUUUUGUUGUUUUUUUUCUAAAGACUCUAUCAAGGUGCCUUGGCUGUAAGUUUAGUCAUUUCAUAUACUUGCAUAUGUAUCUACAUGUGUAUUUUAUUUGCACACAGUGACCAAAAACCUUAUCAAAGAAAUGCUGCCUAUCUUUAUGUCUUUGACUUGUACCGAAUAUUGAGGUAGAGGGAUGAGGCAAGAGUUGGGUGAUUCAGAUGGGCUGCGUCCACACACUUUGACGGUUAAAAACAUUUCAGAGUUCCUGAUUUGCUCUGCCUCGUUUGUUUGCACACUAAAGGCA